AGGACGUACGUCGAAAGCCGGUACACGUGAGUGCUUCAGUCUUGCUGCCUCCUGGGCAUAAGUCGUUAAAAGCCUUCAAUGACGCUGAUUAACAAGUAUGACAGACCAUGAAAAGUACUGAAGUUGCUACAACCUAAUUGGUGGAGUCACCAAAUCGCCCACUUCCUCUCAACGACGGCAUCCGGAAUAAUUAACUCAGUGGAAGGGGCUGAGUCUCCUACAUUAUUUAUAGUUACAGCUUCUCCUUUAGACAUUAAAAGAGAAAGCACUUAUUUAAACUCAUCAAGUCUUCAUUGGAAUUCGUAGGAUUGGCCACUUCUCUAUCGUGUUGAAAGAAACUGGAGACACGUUUUAAGGGUCAAGAAGUCAAAAUUGUUUUAACUUAAACCUUUGUAAGAGUUUGUGCUGUCUCUGCUGCUGUGAAAGGAUCCAGGUGUGACCUGUGACGGGAACAACAUUUCAUUUCUUAUAAGGACGGAGAGAAAAAUGCUUGGAAACACGAACAAUUCCUCAGCGAACAAUUCCUCGGUGAAUUUGCUUCAUGGUUCGGAGAGCAACGAUACAAACUGUGGCUUCACUGAUGGACCAGCUGAAGUUUAUAUCACAAUCCAUGUUGUCACCCUCGUGGUGUCCUUGGUGGGAAACAUUCUUCUUAUUGCUGCCUAUGUGAGAAUGAAGGAAAUAAUCAUGCUCCCUAUCGCCAACAUGGCUGCAUCUGACCUGUUGACUGCACUCGUUCUAAUGCCUCGUCUUAUUAAGAGCGAAUUCACCGGAUCCAACGCUUUCCUCAUUCAUGGAGAUUUUGGUACAUUUCUGUGCAAGAUGUCUGUUUUCCUAAGCGACAUAUCGCUAUCUGUGUCAACCCAGAGCUUAGUGUUCAUAGCCAUUGAACGAUUCCUUGCAAUUGCAUAUCCAAUUUUCUAUAGGAAGGUAAUCACGGUCAAAAGACGCUGUCUCUUCGUCGCCUUAACAUGGGUAAUAUCCAUGGGGAUUCAUUCUCCGUAUUUUUAUGCUUUCCGUCUGUCUGCCAAUCAUAUAUGUGAAAUGAACUGGGAACCAGCUUUCGAUAACGAAUCCACGCGGCCACGCUAUGCAGUUUUUAUUUUCGUGACAGUUUUGUUUUUGCCGUUACUGACUAUUUCUUUGCUCUACUGUAUUUUCUGUGUCAAAGUUCGGAGAGAUAACAUGGCUUCGUCUCGAAGCGAGAGGGCGGCCUUAAGACAUCAGGAACGCAGCAAGAAGUUACAAAGGAUGGGAAUAGCCACUGUAUCGGCAUUCUUAAUAUGCUGGCUCCUAUAUAUUGUUAUGAAUGUUUACCGAGAACUUUCUUCAGACACUGAUUAUAAAUGUAGCAAAGGUUUUAUGAUACUGGACCGUAUCUCUCGCGUUUUGGCAAGCUGUUACUCGGCCGUGAAUCCCUGUAUUUGCUUUAUAUUUGUGCAAAGCUUUUCUCGUCAACUUCGUGCGUUAUGUAGAUUGACCGUUUGCUGCAAGGGAUCAUAGGAGAAGAUGUUUUACAGGAUAUAAUACUUGUCACUCGACCAGCACAAACAAUUAAGCUUUGUUUCCGUUAACGAUUGACGCUUUAAAGUCGCUACCGUUUUGGCGAGGACUGAAGUUAGUUUACAGCCUCAAGUAAGGUAUAGAGUCACUCCAUAACCAUUAGCCAAGCAGUCUACUGACUGAGUCUGAGCAACAGUUUAUGUUUUUAACGAUGGCGACGAUCUUAAGUGUAUAAACGAUUGCAGAUUAAAAUAAUGCCAAUAUUAGCAAUGCAAAUUUCGUUGUCAUAUAUAUCUUGAAUUUAUGUAAAUGUGAAUCCCUUCUGUGGAUUGAAUCACGUUACAAGUCGCUGAUCUGUGUUGAAAGGUAAUGUUUGAUGACAUUUUUUUGAUAGUUUGCUAUGGAUUUUGCAAGUCAGCCUUGAGUUCUUUAAUAAAGAAUAAAGUUUAUUCAAAAUCCCACUGUAUACGUGCGUUAGCGUGGUCAGCUUGUGCAGCGAACUCUAAAAUUAAUUACAAGCUUUUCCUGUGACGCACGAAUAAGUUCGUCUGUGAACAAAUGUCACUUUGUUUGAUAAACUUAUUUCUGAGAUAAUAAUUGUCGCAAAAAGAUAAUGAAGCACUGAAAGAACAUAACCAAAUACAUUACACCAGUCAAGGCCAGAGGUGCCUAAUUAAAAAUUUAUUUUUCUUUUCUCUUCUCAAAGAAUUUUCGCCAUAGCUGUGCUUAUGCUAUCAACUGAUAUAUGAUAUUACUUUCGUCAGCGUGACAUCGUUCUUAAAUGCUGUUUGAUUUUCUUGGCCUCAGGGCUAUCUCAAAUAUUGCAUUUCUCGUUAAAUUCAUCAACUAGUUGAAUUGAUUGACCCCUUUCGUCAAUUGAUUGACCCCUUUCCACCCGAGAAGAACGCUAUACCUCUUCUAUAUUUACAGAAAAUCGAAUUGUUCGUUCUCUAGUGCAACAGAAUUAAUAGUAUUCACUAACAAUAUUUUUUAAACAUAUGAAACAGACGAAAGUGCCACGAGCUUCCAUUCCGUUCAGGUCAUAACAGACCCGCAGCCAAACGAGCUCAUGAAAUUCAUCAGCGUCUUAACUGCGUAUCUUUCCACACACAAAACUUUGAAUAUGAGAAAAAGGUUGGAAAUGCGUGGGUUUUGUUUUAAACAAAGUCUGGCGGCAAAACCCACUCAAAAAGGUGUGCACACAAAUCAGUCCUCUUUUAGAUUAAACGAGCGCGCCCCACAUCUCGGACCGAAGCGUCGCCGAAGCGCCUUACGAUGAUGGCUAAUUCUUUAUUUUUAGGUAUGUAUGUUCGGCAAGAACCGUUUUUUUAAAAAAAAAAUUAUUACUUAAUAUUUUACUUAUAUCGCUAAGUGCCUCGUAUCCUAAUGCUUUCUAUGCCCAUGCAAGGAGAAAGAUUACGAUGAUUUCAGUUCUAUUAGAUAUCAUAGUAUUUUCUUAGUUUUGCUCCAGUCUGGAAACGUUGACUGACUUCUCCUUCAGCUUGCUCUAGUGUGAACUUUUACAAAGAUCAUAACAGCAAGGAGGGUCGAAGAGUGACUGUAACCGGACUAGCCUUCGUUUAAGUGUUCUCCGACUAUUCUCUUUAAGGGCGAUUGAUUUUAAAAGGGGUGAAUCCUGUUUCCUCCAAUUAUAGCAUCGGAGAUGUUUGUUCAUGUUUCGUAAGCUGGCUUCUUCAAGCUGUAACCUGUUACUUUUUAUGUUAUCUGCUUCGUGAGUAUGUUUCUUUUGGUUGUCAUCUGAACUGAAACAUCAUUGCAUGGACAAAGUUCUGUCUGCAAGUCUCUCUCAAAGAUAGUUCCACGGCUUCAACAGAUCCCAACUUCCCUACAGCCAGUUGAUUUCCCUACAGGUAACCCAAGCUCGCACAAUCAGGCUCUGUCAACGAUGUAAAUUUAUGUAUUGUGUAUUUAUGUAAAAUGUAAUUUUUCUAGUACCUAAAUAAAAAGAUCUAUGCCAUUUCCCAUGAAAGCCGGAAGAUAUCAAGGCUGCUGGCCCUCAUUAGGCAUUUAAAACGGCAGCUCUCUCGCAAUUUGUGAUAAAGUGUGUGAUUCAAUAAACUAAUUUGCCAAGACCGUGAAACAUGAUGAGUAUUUAAGCUGCAAGAACCACCUUAACCGCAAACAUCAUGGCUCUAAGC